AGCGUUCAGAGCCACCUUAAAUUUUCAAAACUUCGAUGCGAACUUCGAAACACCCGUUGUCGGUAUUUGUGAUAUCAAAGCGAAAAAUAACUCGGCAAUGUUCUGGUUCCUCAGUAGCCAAGUAGUCCACGGAACAAGAAACCAAUCGAGCUAAGACAGCAUUUUUCAUCUCCGACCUUGCCAAGCGACAUGACGAAUUCUAGCGACAUCCUUUCUUGACUUAUCGGAGUACUCGUGAGUGCUCGUGUUUGCUUUUCAUUGGAUUAUAAUGAUCGGAAACCGCUCGAGUGAUCAACGAAAAUUUUCCAUCAACAGUUCUUAAUUUCCUAACUGAAAGAGGUGUAACGAGAAGCUUCUAGUACUGUAUCUACCAGGCAGUAAACUUAUAGUUGCGUGACAAAUUCAAUGUGACAGUUGUGACAUGAAAACACAGGUGUUUUUGAUCUUUUUUCAUACCUCAUUCACGCUUCACUAGUUUAGAUUUAAUGUGGAAGCGUGACAGACCCAGACAAAGUACUUUCUUAACUUUUCUACUAUAAGCAAUAAUAGGAGUUAAUUUCCCGCGUGGUCAUAUCCGUGUUUGACGAAUGACAUCAUAAGCGCUUCCCUUGAAUGAACACUAUGAAUUUUUAAUGUAACGCAAUGGAGCCUCACGCCGGUCAAUCUUUCGCGUAGCAGUAGUGGAUCUUACGAUGAGUGCUGUAAAUUAACGCGAAAAACUAAAAGUUCAGUUCCGCGUUUUUCCUUACAUCAUGGUGCGCUCGUUUGAUGGAGAAGCUGAUAUUGGUUAAAGAUGGCCCACUGUAGGACAUAAAAGGCCGGUCCCGGAGAGGUUUAAUGUGUCGCAGCGGUGACGACUGGGUCUCCCUGCUCUAUGCCUGUAAGGAGUGAAGCAUUUUCGACCCUUGUUGUUCGCAGUGACCUACAUUGUCCCAGCUAUUGGCUUGUUCUUCUCAGUUUUCUCGGCUUUUUAUCAGGGAGUGCCUCAGUAAAGGCGCACACCUGUCAGUCGAGUGCUCCCCAAUUCAAUGUAACACUACAAGCUGGCAGCGCUGCAGGGAUCUUUUGGAAACUGGGCCGAGUUAAGGACGCCGAUCACUGCGGUCAGCUGUGUUGCCGGCAACAGAGGUGCAACCUCGCCUUCUCAGUAGACGAGUUUUGCUACAACGUUGAGUGUCACAGUGAGAAGAUGUGCCAAUUGAAAAGAGAAAACUUUUCCCGCCAUAACGUUGCGGUAACCUUGGUUACAAGGUCUGCGACUAGCACUUUCGACGAGACGGUUACCAGAGGAAAAUAUCAAAGCAAAGAUGGAUUAAAAAGCAAUUCUGAUAAAAUGAAGAUCAAAGAUUACUCUUUAGAUACAAAGACGAACACAGGUCAUAGAAGUUUGGCUAAAGUAACUGAAACAUUAGCAACAAACGAGACGGGGCAUAGAAGCUUUAAAAACAUUAGUGAUGAAGAAAGAGGUCAAAAAUAUAACAAGAAUAAAUAUCAAAGUGUGUCAUUGAGUUCUUACGAAAGUAGAGACAGAGGCACUGGUUUUGAGUUACACGACUCAUUUCCGACAAAAGCGGUAGUUCGACUGGAGUCAAAACUUUCCCAUGAUGGAAACUCUGAACCAACAAAAUCCGGUAGAUGUCGAGCGAGAAGAGUCCUUCGCAAGGUGACUUUACGUUCAGGACUAAAGUCAGGAGAUUUUUCCGAUUACGGUCAAGUUCCUGACAUUAACGCUUGUGUCAAACAUUGCUGCGCGCAACAAACGUGUGAUGUUUCCCUGCUGUUAAACAAGCACUGUUACACACUGCAUUGUUAUAAACCCGAGCUGUGCAAGAUAAUGCCAUCGCAUGACUCCAAACUAGAACCGCAAUUAGCGUUUGUAACGCGUUCCGCGAACGACGAUGAACCGAAUACUAGAGUCAAAAAGAAGGCCUCGUCUUCAAAUGGAGGCACUUGUCCUCAUGGCGCCAUUUUCAGUGACGUCAGCUUGAAAGGCGGUCAUAAGGCGGGAAAAUUUGAACUCUUGGCAGGCGCGAAAGACAUGCGUUCUUGUAUUCAGAAGUGCUGCGCAAGCCCGAGCUGUCAGGUUGCUUGGUUACUGGGGGAUCAUUGCUACUCGGUAGCUUGUUAUGACAAGUGUAUCACUGUUAAAAAGCACUCGAGUAGCAUUCGGUCCCAGCUUACGCUCCUCUCAAGAAAGUCUGAAAUGCCUGGGAACGACAAGAGGCAAGGCAUUCCCGGAAGCAGAGAGGACCAUGACAAAGUAUACACCGUAUAUUUAACAGUUACCAAUCAAAUCUUCACGGAUCGACUCAAAGAUAUUGAGUCUCUUGAGUUUCUCAACCUGGCUGAAAAGCUACAAGUUGCGGUUUCCGCAGUUUUUCUAAAUGAACCGUCAUUUAAAACAGCAGAAGUUGUUUCUUUCCAAUCUGGUCCAGUAGUCGCUAAUCUCAAAUUAACAGCAGCAUCGAAAACAGCAGCAUCACAGCUACUUACUCUUCUGGUCACAGCUGUCAAAUCUGGUCAGUUAAAAUCCUCCAUUGAUGGUACCCCUAUCAGUUUUAAAGUGAGCGAUGCUGGUUUUCGCUUUCUUACUUCAACUGGUCUUAACUUGGUGUGCAGUAAAGAACACGAUUACGAUGUCGACUGGAAGCUGGUGACGUUCAAUUCCACUGACAAUCAGAUAUGCCCAAGGAAAGCGCAAGGACAAACAAGCAGGUUUUGCGCUGGAAGCGAAACCACAAACGCCACUUGGCUUGUACCAAACUUUAGCGAAUGCGUCUCGCCUGCAUAUAAAACACUUCAUCAAAAGAGCAAAGAUCUCGCCAACAAAGCGGAGAAAAAACUGCCGUUUGCUCCAGCGUCAUCAAGUGACAUUAUCGCUCGUCUUGAGAAACUAGUUUUCACAGAUACCUACAGAGAAGACUUAAACAAUCGCGCCUUAUCCGAUCAACACAAAAACGCCCUGACUUCUAAGAAACGGAAAGGAAAAGCUCCCUCCAAAAUUCACGACAAAGCAACCUUUGUGAAAAAUCCCGUGAAGAAUGCCAAAAAGGAGGACGCGAACUCUGUCCCAGUAACGGAGAUUCCAAGACUUAAGCCUGAAGUUUUACCAACAACAAGUAGUACGGUAAAAAAUGACGCUCAAAAUCCUGUAUGGUUUUCCGAAUCAAAAACAAAGCUUACUGCUUCAAAUCCCAGGGAUAAUUUAAACGGGAAGAGUUUGAUUCAUCCCACAACCGCUGUUCACCUUGUACCAACUUCAACGAGGGCGCAACAAGUUAUAAGCCAGAAUAAUGUGCCUGUGCAGGCAAACGGUAUCGUAAACCGAAACAGGAUACCCACCCAAUUGUCAGCUUUCCAGCGACAAAGGCAGUGGGGCUUACCAGGAGUUGAAAACCCUGUUGCGAGGUCUAGGGUUCAGAAUUCUGUUCAAUCAAGUAUGGCGAGUCAAAGACAAAAUGUACUUGCGUAUAAUCGAGCACAUUAUGGGAAUCCUUUUCCUUCGCGCAAUGCUUUACAAAGGACUCAAGUGUACCAAUCCUCUAAUCCACGAGUCGCCCCAGGUUACGCUCGUCCGCCCAAUGCUUACCAGUGGCCAGGUAACCAAGCCUUGCAGGGUAACCGAGCGGGAUUUCAGAGCAGCUGGGGACGAGGUUAUUCCCCUCCAAGUUACUCCAGCGAUCAGCUCGAUAUCGGAAGGAGAAAACGAGAAGUCAGUGAAAACAACAGAAAAGAAAAACGGCAGAAUACUCUUUGGUACACUUCACAUCAAUACCCUUCGCGACUAAAUUACGCUUUAAAUCCAGGAAGGAUGCCCGGUGCAAAUUAUCAGCAAGCAAGACUGAAUUAUUUUCAGCAGAGGCAAAAUGCUUACCAAAAUUCACCAAACCGAGCCGUUGCCAAUGCUUACCAGAGAGGUUAUCCACAGCGACCCUCUUACGGGCAAUCUCUCGGGGCGGGACUUUCACCAGCGAGGCAACAGUCUCAAAACAUCGCAGCGCCAGGCUUAAGAAGUCAACUUAAGACUGCAGCGGAAUACGGGACUCAACCGGGAAUAGUUUCGGGUGGACGUCCCUUACCCGUUGAGCGUUGGCCAACACUGGGAAAUCAAAUCCAAAAACCAACGUCAGGCUUUCAUUCGAAAAACUCAGUUACGUCCGCUUCUCCUUCUUCCAGAUCAAGAAUUGAGCUUAACAGAAACCAAAACAUCCAUCAAGAUGUACAAAACAGUCAAAUAAAUAAACCCGCUGUGAUGGCACAGCCAACUGAGAAGAGCACCACUAGGUUGCCGCCUGUUCACGAGGCACCCAAAUCAAAGGAUAGCACUGUACACAGAACUAGUGGGUUCAGAAAAGUUGGGCCUCAAAACGAUCUCUCGAAAAAGCUCCACGAUUUGUCAGCCCCUGCACCUCAUGUGAAAGUCCAAGUUGAGGCUCACAAGCGUCAAAACACAACAGUCCCUCAAACUGGAAGAAACGAAAAGCACAUGGUCCCUAUGUUCGGUGGAGACAUUUUGUUGUCUGUAGGGGUACUUGAGCUGCUACAGAAAUUUGCGCGUUUGAGUGAAUCCAAUUUCACUGAAAAUGAUCUUAAGUUGUUCUUGAAUGCCAGUAGUCACUUAUUGGAUCUCAAAAACAAACAAGAGUGGAUUAAUGCGCAAAAGCAUGCUGAAGAUCUUUUUAAGAGAGGUAUCAACGUCCUGGAAGACAGCAGUAAUUGGGACUGGGACGAGUCUCAACAGAUGGCGGCCCAGGACUCUACCGUUGGACCCGUUGUGUUGGAUGUCGUGAGGACGGUACAAGACCACGUCAUGAAUGCGUCAUAUAGUGUCCCUGUUACUAAGCCACUCUUGACCAAAAAUAUUCUCGUUGGCGUUCAAACAUUUGGCUCUGACAGUUCAGAUCCUACGCAACCCAUGUCCUUCCCAAACUACUCCGAUCCAUUAGUGGCAAACUGGAGUACUGGGCACGAUUCAAUCACGCUAACGCCCAGUAUCUUUGAUUCAGCAGUACUAGGCGAGAGCGUGCAGGUCCAUCUCUUAACGACCCGUUUCAAAACAGUCUCUAUGUUGCUGCCAACAGCAAAUGACAGUGGUUUGGUAUUAAACAGUGCUGUCCUAUCGAGUACAGCAAGACCAGCCGUUACAGAAGAGCUUGUACCUCCUGUGAAGGUUGUCCUGUCGGUAUUAAACUCUAGUCUGAUUACGUUUGAACAAGAGUGCGUUGCCUGGACAUCGAAAGAAGGUCAGGGAGGUGGAGAGUGGUCCUCUAAAGGUUGCAGACUAGCCAGUUCAAAUGCUACCCACACAACGUGCGAGUGUAAUCAUAUGACAGAUUUUGCCGUACUGGCGAACACCAACAAAGCGAAGGGUAUAGGAGCUCCACACCCCUCAGCUGCGGUUCCCCCACCAAUGGCAAGUCAUGACCGUGGCUGGAUAGGCAUACUGCUUGGAGUUCUUGCAGUUUUGGUGCUGGUCAUUAUUGUGAUUGUGUUACUCUUCUACUUGAGAAAAAGAAGAAGAAAUCAGGAUCAAGAAGGUACCACUCGCCCACGAUCACGAGGUUCGAGAAGGUCUCGAUCUCUAUCCCGGUCUAGUGCCAGGCCAUCUCGAUCAAGUAGCUCUAAGAGUGAAGGAGCUGUUAGCCCGGCAUCGAGCCAUUCAAGCCAGUUCGACGAGAUGAUUGCGGCAAGAAGGCGCAGAAUGGCUCUGGACAAACAGGAGAAAGCAAGACGUGCUCAAGAGGAGGGAGAGAACGGCGACGAUGACCUCCUCAUGAAAGAGAAAGCGAUGCUGUUUUCUGAAUAUCAUCAACCUUAUCACUUCCUUUCUAAAGAAGAAGAAGCUCGAGCGGCUGCAAAUCGAAGGCAGGCUGGGUCUAGUAGAACUAGUCCCCCGAGGAGAAACAGACGCUCGGCCAUGGAACAAGAAGGUGACGAUGUUUAGCACCUACCACUCUGAAGUUGAGCACCCUUUCUUAAAGGAGAAAAAAUUGCUCCGUCUACAAACGAAUCUUGACUACUUGAGACCCGUGUUUAAUUUUGUUUAUACUUUAGUUAAGGCUGAAGCUAAGCCAAUACUGUUGCGUACAUAUUUUUUUUACAAUAAAAGCAAAUGCAUUCACACUUUACAAAUGCUAUUAUCGAUAUCGUGACUUUUUGAAGUUCGUCUUAUAUUUAGCAUUAUCUAGCUUUGCUUGUAGAAAGCAAAGAAAUUCAAGUUGUAACUUCCAUUUCCCUUAUGGCAUUCAAUUAAUUUAUUAUGCCUUCGGUAUGGUGCCAUAUAAAAUGAAUACUUUUUGGUCGUUGCUCCGGUAUUUCUUCAUGGCACUGAACUCACCUAACUUUAUUUUUUCACGUAAUAAACAAGACUUUGGUUGCUAAUUUUUCGCCUCAAGCUUCUCUUUGACUAAUCUACUGAAAUGUCAAGAGAACAACCUGAAUUUUUGGUUAACGUCGAAUGCGGCAUCCUUGGCACUCUAACCGAGUCUAAAAGAUCAUAGUAACUUACUGAGGCCAGGUUUACACGCGUACCGUUGAGCAAAAACAUAAGCACAAGAGCGCUCACAUGUGUUGCGCCUAUCUUUGAUUCACGUUUUGCUUAUGUUAGUGCGUGUUUAUUCUCUGCAAACCAGCGUUUUUAAACGCCUUUUUGAAAUCUUUUUUAAAACGUCACAGCCUAUCUUUUGUACACGAUUUGUAUUGUUAAAUGUCACUUAUUAUUUCAGUUGUUUCAUAUCUUUAUAUCUUCCUUUAAGGCCUUCUCUGGUCACUGGCCCUUACAUGUUUGAGGCGCCGGGAUAAACCACAAAAAAGGCUCACUGUAACAAUCUUAGGUCACCCAACCAGUAUGAUCGCAGGGGUAUGAUAACGCUACUUUUUGAACAAGUUAUGGGAUAAAGGAGUCGCUGGUCUUUACCGAGCUACCUCGAGCAAAGAUUACGAGAGUUUCGUUAAUGAGUAUAUGAGAGUUUCUUUAUAAAUAGCAGCGUAUGUCCCAUACAUGGCCAGUUCAAAGUCGUGCAUUAAUCGUAUCGUAUCUCCUUGUUGCAACAUAAUCCAGUACCGAAUCAUUAAAAUAGUCGUUGACAAUGAUACGAGCUGGUUAGUAGUUUAAUACUCUUGGUAAAGAAUUUUAAAUGCCUUUGAUAAAGCCACUACCUGAGGGGGGUCUGGGACUAAUAAGGAACUAUACCAACAGUGUCGAAAGGGAUUUUCACCCGGCGUUGUUUUGAAGGAAAACUAGCAUUCUGAGCAGAAUAUUUCUGAUUAAAGUAAAAUGGGGGAUGGGGAGAGAGAGAGAGCAGAAUUAAGAAGAGAAGGACGGGUUAGGGGUGAAGAGUAGUAAGAGUCUAACGCACUACAGUUGAACCCCGCCUUAUAACCACCACCUUAUUACGGCCACUUUUUCAUGACGCGGUGAAACACCCAUACAUUCAUUUCCCUAUUAAAAAACUUCGUUAAUACGGCCAACGGCCACAUUCUGAAAUCCCAACCUGUAUAAUCCUUUAUAAUUUUACGCUGUUUAUAUGGCCACUCGAACGAGUUAUGUUCAUUUUUCCAUUAAUAUUUCACACUGGUUUAAGUUUCUUUUUU